GUUCAAAUACAAAGUUCGUCAAUAACUUGUUGAAGCAAAGGAAAAAUGGCAACUUCUUCUUACAUUCUCUCGGUUCUCCUCUUCCUCUCAUUAUCCGGCGUCGUCCUUUCUGAGACGUGUGCUUAUUCAAUAUCUAUAAAGACCGGAUCGAGAAAUGAUGCAGGAACCGACGCAAAGAUAAGCCUUAAAUUCUCCGACAUGGAGGAUUCCGCUAUAAACAUUUCAAACCUAGAGAAAUAUGGUGUGAUGGAGGGAGGCCAUGACUACAGUGAAAAUGAUCAAUUGGACUUGUUCACUUAUACAGGACCAUGCUUUACCAAUCCAGUGUGUUAUAUAAAGUUGAGUCAUGAUAAUAGUGGUAAUAAGCCUGGCUGGUACGUUAAAUACGUUGAAAUCACAACUUCUAGCAAUUCAGCAGCGCCUAUAAGGAAGCACUUCGAUGUCAAUCAAUGGCUUGCUCUUGAUGAGCCACCAUUUCAGAUAUCUACUAGCAGGGAUAUGUGUGCUACUUAACAUAAAAAUAUUGAGGAUCUAUUCAAUUAUUAUACUUAUGGUGUUUGCCUGUUUCUUUAUUUGAAUAAACUUUGUAUCUGCAUGCUCUACUUUGCUUUAAAAUUAAUAAAAUUUUCAUUUUAAGUUGA